ACGCGCCAGAACACGCACGUGGGGUCGUUUGCCUUACCACAACGGAAAACCGUGCUAAACCUAAGAUUGCGAUAUGGUAAUCUAUGAAGCUUUGGGGGCUGACAAGACAGUAGGCUGUGAAAAUGGAUCUGUCCUAUGUCUCCAAAAAUUCCACUCGCUUUUAAGUAGUGCGUGAGAACCACCGCCUCAAUAAAACUCUUUUCAUUUCUCAUUCUUAACCUUCUGUUCUUUUUCCCCUAAAGCUGAUAAAGGCGGGUUUUCUUCAAAAGUUUGAAGGGUGAUUUAGUCAAUUGAAUUCCAUCUUCAUCCGUAGGAUAUCAAAAGCGAAAUUUUUCUGAGGAAGGCCGAAGAUUAGAAAAAAAGAAGAAAAAGAUCAAAUCUAAAAAAAAGAAAUGGGAUUAAUUAGAACAUUUAUUUUCCUUAGAAAAACAAAAUAUCAACCACAACAACAAACGAAGGUUGCUUUUGGUGGACAAUGCUGAUUGGGGUUUUAAGAUCAAACCCAGAUCUUUAUCUUUUGAUCUAGCUGAAUGCUUUUUUUUUCUUCUAAUCUUUGAAAGCUAACGAAAAUUAGUUUCAAGGAGACAACAGGGGAUAUAAGUCUAAAACAAUGCAUGCUUUGCCACUGAAGUGGAGAAAAGAAGAUGAACUUUGUUGAGAUUUUCUAUGUUAAUUGGGGCCUUUUGUCAUAGUUGAUUGAUGUACUCUAGCUUGGACUGGUUCUCUGUGUUUCAGAUAUUUUUUUUCAACAAAUGAACUGGGUUGAUGUUGCUGUUCAAAGAAACAAGGAAUAUCUCUGCUAGUGAAAAUGGAGUUGCAAUUUUAUUGGUGAAUGGAUUCAUCAAUGGCUUUCAGUUCAUGACUUGAUGGUUUUCGGUAUCCAUGCUUUCCUUUCUGGGUAUCUGAUGGUGCAUUUGCUUUAAAGGGUUGUCUUUUCACAUCUGGUCGAUUUGCGUGUGAGAAGAGAUUCCUGUUUAAGAUGAUCAAACAAAUACUUAAUAGGCUCCCUCGGAAACCAUCUAAGUCGAGUGAUAAUCGUGAGGGAGGAACCUCUACCUCAUCAUCAAAUGCUUACACCAGUUCAAGAAACAGCGAUUUAGCGAGUAAUCAUUAUGCAAACUCAAGCGGUGCAUCGUUUUCUGGCUUUCAUUCUACAAAUUCUGGGCUGAAUCAAGGGAAUAAGAUUUCUCAAGUGGUGAAUGCAAAGCUGAAUGGGAACACUGUUGCUACUUCUUUUGAGGCAUUGCCUAAUUUUAGAGAUGUUCCAAAUUCCGAGAAGCAGAACUUGUUUAUCAGAAAAUUGAACAUAUGUUGCAUUGUGUUUGAUUUCACUGACCCGACAAAAAACGUCAAAGAGAAGGAUAUCAAGCGGCAGACUUUGCUAGAGAUCGUGGAUUAUGUUUCAUCUGCUAAUGGGAAAUUUUCAGAGAUCAUUAUGCAAGAAAUUGUCAAGAUGGUGUCUGUAAAUUUGUUUAGAGCACUUACUUCUGCACCACGUGAGAACAAGGUUCUAUUAGCGUUUGAUUUGGAAGAGGAGGAGCCCUCAAUGGAUUCUGCAUGGCCUCAUCUACAAGUUGUUUAUGAAUUUCUUUUAAGGUUUGUGGCAUCACCUGAGACGGAUGCAAAAUUGGCCAAGCGAUAUAUCGAUCAUUCUUUUGUUCUAAGGUUGUUAGAUCUUUUCGAUUCAGAGGACCCCAGAGAAAGGGAGUACCUGAAAACUGUUCUGCAUCGCAUAUAUGGGAAAUUUAUGGUCCAUCGUCCGUUCAUCAGGAAAGCAAUCAACAACAUCUUUUACCGAUUCAUUUUUGAAACCGAAAAACACAAUGGAAUCGCAGAGCUAUUAGAAAUACUUGGAAGUAUAAUCAAUGGGUUCGCUUUGCCAUUGAAAGAAGAACAUAAGCUCUUUCUUGUUCGUGCAUUGAUACCACUUCACAAACCAAAGUGCAUACCCAUGUACCAUCAGCAGUUAUCUUACUGCAUUACUCAAUUUGUGGAGAAAGACUGCAAGCUUGCUGAUACUGUUAUUAGAGGCUUGCUAAAGUAUUGGCCAAUUACAAAUAGCUCAAAAGAAGUCAUGUUCUUGGGUGAGCUGGAGGAAGUUUUAGAAGCCACACAACUUGCUGAGUUUCAACGCUGCAUGGUACCCUUAUUCCGUCAGAUAGGCCGUUGCUUGAGUAGCUCGCAUUUUCAGGUGGCAGAGAGGGCUUUGUUCUUAUGGAACAAUGAUCAUAUUGAAACCCUAAUAAAACAGAAUCGAACCGUUAUACUUCCCAUUAUCUUCCCGUCCUUGGAAAAGAAUGCUAGAAGCCACUGGAAUCCAGCAGUGCAGAGCUUGACUCUGAACGUCCGCAAGAUUUUCUCGGAUACCGACCCUGAGCUCUUUGAGGAGUGCUUGCAUAAGUUUGAGGAAGACCAAGCACAAGAGAACGAGGUCAAAUCGAAACGCGAAACCACAUGGAAACGAUUAGAAGAGAUUGCUGCAAUGAAAGCUGCAAGUAAUGAACCCGUGCUCGUCUCCCCGAAAGCAACUACUCGCAACCCGUCUUGCUAGGACAAGAGAUUGCCGUUUUAGCUACCUGACAUUUUCAUGUCAAGAACGGUUCGGGGAACCAUAGGUCGGUGGACAUGAUGGUUGCAAGAACAAAAAUGAAGAUGAAGCGGAGUUUUCCAUCAUAUCAAGUGUUCACUCACGCCUUCUGAAAAUCUGGUUUGCUGGAUUUUUUGAUGUGUCACUUGGAUUCAUCAACAUGUGGGGGGUAAAAUCUAAAACCCCUUUUGCUCAUAUAUGCAUAAAAUGUGUAUAUAUAAUGGAUGUGGAGACAGAAAACCAAUGAAUUUGGCUUGUAAAGUAGACUUCUUUUCUAUUCAUAAUCUGUUUUAAGGAUGGGUUCCACAUGUUUUAGAUCAUUUUACUUAUUUAUGUUUGUUUCCUCCUAGUUUUCUCUCUCUUCAAAAGCACUUUGAUGAUGGCUGCAUAUGUAAAUAUCUGAAGGGCUAUUCAAAUAAUAGAAGGCUUCUUUUCUUUUUUCUUC